UUUGACCAAAUAAAAUACAUAAGCAAUACUCAAUGUCUUUGUAAUGAGACCAUUCACACAUACACUAGAAAUUUCAAAGAUGAGUAAUUUUGCAAACAGAAAACCACAUGCUGUGUUGAUUCCAUAUCCAGUUCAAGGCCAUAUCAAUCCAUUGUUCAAACUAGCAAAACUUCUUCACCUUAGAGGCUUUCACAUAACCUUUGUCAACACCGAAUACAAUCACAAACGCUUGCUCAAAUCUAGAGGUCCGAACGCCUUUGAUGAUUUCACAGGUUUUCACUUUGAAACUAUUCGAGAUGAUUUACCUCCAACCGAAGGUGAUGAUGACGGGGAUGUUAGUCAAGACAUACUCUCUCUUUGUCAAUCAAUUAGAAAGAAUUUCCUCGAACCAUUCCACGAAAUUUUAGCUAAGCUUCAUGACUCGGCUGCGGCUGGUCUUAUACCUCCUGUUACUUGCUUAGUUUCUGAUUGUUUCAUGUCAUUUACCAUACAAGCUGCUGAAGAACUUGCACUCCCAAUCCUUCUGUUUUCCCCGGCUAGUGCAUGUUCCUUCUUGUCUGUUUCGCACAUUCGUACGCUGUUUAACAAAGGUCUAAUACCACUUAAAGAUGAGAGUUAUCUGACAAGUGGAUAUUUAAACACGAAAGUAGAAUGUAUUCCAGGAUUGCAGAACUUUCGACUCAAAGAUUUACCUGACUAUAUAAGGAUUACAAAUCCAAAUGAUUUCAUGGUAGAAUUUUUCAUUGAAGCCGCGGAUAAAUUUCACAAAGCCUCUGCUAUUGUGUUUAACACUUUUAACGAACUCGAGAGUGAUGUAAUGAAUGCUCUUUAUUCUAUGUUUUCUUCUAUAUAUACUGUUGGCCCUCUACCUUCAUUAUUAAAUCAAACUCCACAUAGUCACUUGGCAUCUUUAGGUUCCAAUCUUUGGAAAGAAGAUACCAAUUGUCUUGAAUGGCUCGAAUCCAAGGAACCCGGGUCUGUUGUUUAUGUGAAUUUUGGCAGCAUAACGGUAUUGACACCAGAUCAACUCGUAGAGUUGGCUUGGGGUUUGGCCAACAGCAAGAAACCCUUUUUGUGGAUCAUUAGGCCUGACCUUGUCAUUGGUGGCUCGUUUAUUUUGUCAUCUGAGUUUGAGAAUGAAAUUUCAGAUAGAGGCCUAAUCGCAAGUUGGUGUCCGCAAGAGCAAGUACUAAACCACCCUUCAAUUGGUGGAUUCUUGACUCAUUGCGGAUGGAAUUCAACCAUUGAAAGCAUAUGUGCCGGAGUGCCAAUGUUGUGUUGGCCUUUUUUUGGUGAUCAGCCAACAAACUGUACGUAUAUCUGCAACGAAUGGGAGAUUGGAAUCGAAAUUGAUACUAAUGUAAAGAGAGAGGAGGUAGAGAAACUGAUCGAUGAAUUGAUGGUGGGAGAUAAAGGAAAGAAGAUGAGGCAAAAGGCGAUGGAGUUGAAGAAUAAAGCCGAGGAGAACACUAGUCCAGGUGGUUGUUCAUAUAACAACUUAGACAAAGUUAUUAAGGAUGUCUUGCUUAAACAUUAUUAGUUUAAAGUACAUUAUUCUAGGAACUGUAGUUCAGUAAUCAUCCAUAUUCUCUUGAGUUUGUUUGAUUAUCAAACAAAGAUGGUGCAUUUAGUGAGAGGUGCAAGUUAUAUUAAAAAUGUAGUCCAUAUAAACAUGAUUUAUUAUAUGAAUAAUGGUAUGGAAUUCAAACAGUGGUUACAACUAAUGUAAAUGUGUUGUCUUUAUAUUUUGUUAGAU